UUGAUCGCUGGCCAGAGCAGAAUCGCUGAACAUGGCAACGAGAUUUCCGCCGUCAAAAUCUGCUGGAGGGCCUGCUCGCCAGCUGAAACUUGGCAAUGAACAUGAUACAGAUUGUCCGCUUGUUGGAUGUUGUGUGGGUGCCAGAUUCGCAGAGCAAUCUUCACUGAGAACAGGGCUGAGCUUGUCUGCUUUCUCCCUAUGUUUAAUGAACCGAGGGAGCAAGUAGACUCUGAGCAGGCAGGGCGAGAGAGUCUGUUAGCAGAGGUUGACAUGGCAAGACGCUACAGCAGCGGAUGCCCCAUUCAAGUGGUGGUAGCAUCUUGUGGCAUGUUGCAGCAUUUUGUAGAUUUUAUAGCUAAUUGCUAUUGAAUUCGGCUAACUUUCCAUGCAGAAGCCGCUGCUAGGCUCGCACGACAUCUAGGUCAUCUAGGGAGGCAUCUGUUGGCUAUGCCAUGGGCACUGGCAUUGGAGGUGGCUACAUUGCAGUGCCUGCGGGGCAAGAGAGGAGAGCUUCAGAAGGCAGCAUGGCGGAUAAGAACGGCAGUCGGAGAGACACCCUAAGACUGGCACCUGCAGAGGAGCUGGGGGUCUCGUUGGAAGAGUACAGGCAACUUCUGGCAAACGCAAAGCUCGUUGGUGCCAUGAAGUUCAUGCAGCUGGGGAAAGUUGGCAUUGAGCCCAAUUCAGUGUACGGAGCUGCCAUCUUGAUGCCACAAGUGGCAAGAACAGCACAUUGGCAUCGGUUCUUUCUACCCCAUGUCGUGAGCAGCUACUUCUACCUGCUGGUUUGCAUGUUUGUGCACGCAACGAUGCUGGUCUACGUAGGAAAAGAGCUUCACGUCAUGAACCUUUUCGCAGGACAGAUGUAUUUGUGUGAUUUCGGAGCUGAUUUGCCAGCAUGCACUCUGGAUGAUGACUCUGAAAGAUGCGUUGGCCCAUUUGGCACUCCAGUGACAGCACCACGACUCUACUCCUGGAGCCAAUGGGCAUCUCGUAGCUUCGUCCGGGAUUCUUUAGCAGCGGUCCUUCCGGACCAAGCAGAAAAGAUCAGGACAAUUGCAGACCCUGGAGAAUAUGGGGUAGAAAGCUAUUACUGCCGCCUUCUUUGUUGCUUCGUUUAUGUCAUCAGUAUCACACAGGAGCUAGACAACAUUAUCAACAUGAUCAGAUUGCUGUAUAACAUUCCAAGCGAAGAACAGCCUUGGUUCAAGCUGGGCGCAGAGGAGGAUGAUGAGACUGCUGAGACGAUGGAAAAGUGGCUGAGCCAGGUAGAGGUGAAGGUGGCCGGAAUGCCGAGGACGUGGAAGCUGGUGAAUGUCUUUGUUGUGCUGCUUCCCAAGAUCAUGCUCUGGGAGAUGACUGCCAGUACAGGGAUCAAUUUUCUGAUGGAGACCGGAGGUAUCGAUGAUAUCAUUGUGAACUCCGUAGCUUUAGGCUUUCUGCUGACACUGGAUGAAAUUAUCACCGAUGCGAUGUUGUCUGCAGAGGUAAAUCACCUCCUGGAUGAGUGUCAGGAAUAUCCUCUCUACCAGGAAGGAGAUCUACACACUCAUAGUGACCAAGAAACUCUGUCCAAAUCAGAGGAAUUAGCCCCUGGACAUCUCCAACUUGCGUGGGAAAUGAUUCCAAAGGUCAUGGUAUUUUGUUUGGGACUUCUUUUCUGGUUGGUGACACGCUACUAUACUUUGCACUGUGAUUUUGUCGACGGACGAUGGGUAUCAAAGGACAUGCACUUGCCAAACUCUUUGAGCUUCUCCUUGGCCAAUGCGCUGUUUGGUCGUUUCUUCCCAGUAGACGCUGCACAGACACCGUACUGGUCAAUGAAUGCAUAGUAUCGAUUGAUGCUCACAACAUUUGGUUUCCGCGCCAAAUGAUUUGCAAAACUGCAAUACCCAAAGCACAAAGUUGCUCUUGCAAGAAUUUGAGAGUGAAUGGGCGGCAGGAAGCACCUACCUUGUGCUUUUGUGCUACACUGUGGCCUUUCCAAAGGAGGGAGGCCCUGAGAUUCACCAGAGGCGGUGAGACAAAAA